GCAGCCAAUUUUGUGGAGGUCCUGGCCAUUGGCAUCGAGGGCCGCACAGAAGUCCGCAGCGCCAUGCGCCUCCCACACUACUACCCUCCGACGAGGGUGCGCUGGCUGGGGGGCGGCAGCUCACGUGAGCUGCUCGCGACGAGCGGCGACUACCUGCGU